AUAAAUAUUUAUACCUUGAAUACCUAUUGAACCAUAGUUCUAGUGUUAAGUAACCUUAUCAAUCCAAAAUUCAUUAAAUCAGCCAAUCGGCGCGUUCCUUUUUGAUAUUCAUUGGAUAUCGAAAUUGACGAUGCAUUGCAAGAAGGCUCCAGUUCACAAUGGGAAAAAUAAGGUUAAGCUUCGGAAGAAGAGCACCGGAAACGAGAGGAGACAAAUCGGCGGAGCGGAAACCACGAAUAAUAGCGUCUUGGCAAAAUUACCGACCGACUCACAUCAAGCAACCCAGCAACCUCAUCACCGUCACCGACACCAACCCCCAAACAAUUCCACCAGCACCCUCUAUCCGCCAUCCAAACCAGCAAUAUCGCAAUCCUUCUUCCCACCCAUCGCGAAGUUUUCCAAAAUGUCUUUCACACGCGCCAUUCCCCGCGCCAGCACCAUCAUCCGCACACAAACACCAGUUCUCAACCAAGCACGAAAUUUAUCUUCUACCGCAGCCCGUAAAUCCGCAGAUCAUGGGGAUCAUUAUGAUCCGCCGACUGGAUGGUUGUUUGGGGUAAAGCCUGGAGAGAAGCCGGAGAAGGAGGGAUGGGAGAAUCUGUGGGUGUAUGGAUUCUUUGGGGCGUGUGCUUUUGGGGUUGUGGGUUAUGCGGUUAAGCCGGAUACUUCGUAGGUUUUUAUUCCUUUUUUCUCUCUCUAGGGGGUUAUCUGGAUGUAGUGGAUAUGGGUGUGAGAUGUGAAGAUAGGGUUUUUUGAGAUCGGUGGGAGAUGAGGAAUUUGGGAAGAGGGGUGGAGAGCAUUGUGGCAAGAAUCUGGAAGAGAUAUUUGGGAGAAAAGCUUCUACAGAAAUUUAAUCACACGAAAAUCCGAGCACUGCUAACCAUCGCUCGCAGGAUACAAACCUGGGCAUUAGAGGAAGCACGCAGAAGGUUAGAAGUCGAAGGGAUCUUGAAGGAGCCAGAAGACAAAUCAUAGAUCAUUACGAUUUGAGCAAUUUACGAUGGAGAAUUUGGACGAAGUUGAGGGGUAGAGAGUGAUCAGAUGAAACGUGGAGAAGCUGUAAAUACGAGGAUUGAUGAUGAAGAAGAUGGAUAUCUUGCUGGAUGCAUAUCAAGAUGUACGGGUUGCACGAAACAUGAUACGUGCUAAUAGAGCGAAGGAAUGCUAUUGAGGUUUCUUUUCUUCCCUUCUCAAAGAAAUUGUGCAACGCAAGGGCGCCUAUGUGAGCUCACUGUGAAAUGGAUUCGAGGAGCCAAAUGAGGAGUGCGAACUUGAGCUCUGGUAAUGGAGGAGCCUCUAUCGGCUUCAAGGAUAA